AUGCCAAAGAAGCCUACUCCUCGUUGUAUCGUUAUCCGCCAUGGCCAAACAGAAUGGUCCAAGUCAGGCCAGUACACCGGGUUGACUGAUUUGCCCUUGACUGAGUACGGUGUAGGACAAAUGAGACGCACUGGCGCUGCUAUAUUUGGUGGCAACUACAUCAAUCCAGAGCACAUCACCUAUGUUUUCACUUCUCCACGUUGUAGAGCACUUCAGACAGUAAACCUUGUGUUAGAAUCGUUGGGCGCGGAUAUCAAAAAGAACAUCAAGAUAGUUGUUGAUGAAGACCUUCGGGAAUGGGAGUAUGGUGACUAUGAAGGCCUUCUGACGAGAGAAAUUGAGGCUCUUCGCAGAAGCCGUGGCCUAGAUCAGGAUAGGCCGUGGAAUAUCUGGAGAGACGGGUGUGAAAAUGGUGAGAGUUCCGAACAAGUUGGUUUGCGCUUAUCUAGGGUUCUUGCCAGAAUUCAGAAUCUGCACCGCAUGCACAUGGCCGAAGGUGCUGCCAGUGACAUCCUAGUUUUUGCUCAUGGGCAUUCAUUACGCUAUUUUUCAGCUAUCUGGAUGAAAUUGGGUGUGGAAAAGACAGUUGCAGACGAGGACAACAGUAACGCUGCUAAGAACAAGUCUUGGCAGGACGAAAGUGUGCCUUCCGUGCGACUGGAGAAGUAUCGUCAUCUUGUGAACAAUCCGAACUUUCUUUUGGAUGCAGGAGGGAUAGCCGUGCUGUCUUAUGCCCACCAUAACAUCGACGAGCCGGCAUUAGCCCUUGCGGGUGCGUUCGUCUGUCCACCGGAGGAAGAGUCGCAGCAUGGCGGGACGCAGAGAAUAACACACUAA